AUGCCCUCCAUCGCCGCCCUCGCGCGCACGCUGCACGGUGGCACCAACGUGUACAGGUCCCGCCUAGAUUGCCUCAAGGUACUACACGCCGUGGAACAGUCGUCGCCGCCGCCGCCGUGGUGGACGCCAGACUGCUCCAACUUUGUUCGCCAGGCAGAGUCGCUGAGCACGUCGGCGAGCUCCACGGCUGCCCGCCAAAACCCUGUCAUCGUUGUGGAGGGGUUGGAUGGCACUGGAAAGACACUCGUCACGCGCACGCUGGCAGAGAAGCUAUCGGGGGUGGCAAUGAGCACGCCGCCGCCGCAGUUUGCGGCAAUCCGGGAGACCUUCCGAGGCCAGGAGGAGGCCGUGGCGAGAGCCUUCUACUCCGCUGCCAACUACAUUGCAGCCGCGGGCAUCCUGGAAGCGUCGCAGUCGUCAGCGGUCGUGGUCGACAGAUGGUGGUGCUCUACCUGCGCUAUGGCGCUGGCGAACGGCUGCAACUACGACAGCUUGCCGCCCAGGGGCGAUGCGGUGUACCGCUGGCCAGCGGACUUGCCAGCGCCGGAUGCCGGGUUUUUGCUGUGUGUCGAUGAGGCGGUGCGGGUGGCGCGUAUCCGCAGGCGUGCCCCUGAGGAUGCGGAGGAGCGGCGCCUCUCCUCGCAGAGUGAGAUGCGCCGCGUCGCGAUGGAGGCGUACCGCCGCACCAAUAUGCUGACCGAGGUAGCCGCACCGUCAUAUCGGGUUGCUGUGAACACCAUCUUGCGACUCCUGCCUGACAGCGGUGUGACACAUUUUGCCACGGCCUUUACGCAGGCGGAGCUCGAUAGCAUCGAGCCGUAUUAG